AUGAAUUUGCCGUCAUCUGUAAUCAACAUCAAUCAUACAGUCAGUCAUUAUCUAUCUGAUGUAUUUGUGGGUACUUAUGGAAAUCUGUUCCGGCAAAUUACAACAGAUUUCUACUUACAAAGCGAAGGGAUCAUUUCAAACCACACGGUUGAAACCGAUAUUGAAUGCGCAUUAUUUUGCAUUCGUUUGGAAAACUGUUUAGGAUUUGGCUACAGGACAGGACGUGUUAAAAUAGAUGACGGAAUAAACUGUCAGCUCGUUGAAAGGCUUAAGCAAGACCACAUUCAUGAACAAAAUUAUGCUGAAUCGUGGACAUUUUUUCAGACUGUCAACGUAUAUGGGACAAAAGGAAUCCCUGGACGAUCUUGUGAAGAUAUUUUGAAGAAAAGAAGCGGCACAAACGAUAUUCGUGAUGGGAUAUACUGGAUGACUCUGGGAACAGCUAUCGAUCAACCAUUUCCAGUAUAUUGCGACAUGGAAAACGGCGGUUGGAUUCUUGUGUUCAAAACAAUUGCUGGCGAAAAUGGAACAAUCAACAAUAUUUGGAGUGAUUCUCUUACACGUGAAGAGUCUUCUCUUGACGCCUUGAAUAAAAAUAAUUCUUUCAAACGUCACUACAAAAACCGAAUGGUACAAGAUUGGGAAACGUUUAAUCCUACUGAGGUCCGUGUUGUGCUCUAUACCCAAACCAAGGAACAUGUCGUAUUAAAAUUUAAUGCCAGUGGCACAAACAAUAUGGACUGGUUUAGUAUUGACCGUCUACAAGAGCCUCCUUGGCAAGAUAUUUUCUCAUCUCCAAAGAACUUCUUCAGCAUAGAUGGGUCGUGUUCCAAGCAGGUUAAGCACCGUUGCCGUUCUUUUUUUAUCAAUAGCAUUUAUAAUCAUUGCCUCGGUGAUGCCGGCUGGUUAAUGAUUGGUGGUUCAACAGCCUGCCCUUGGGAAACGCGAUUUCCAGGAAACUCUUUUCAGUAUAGUAAGAGUGAAACCAAUGUGACCUGGAGAUCAUUAUGAUGAGGUUGGUACGGCUGAGGUGUUUGCUGUUUAUCUUCGUUAAAUACAAUAAUUUAAUAAUCAGCUACAGUUAGCUAUAAGCAUGCUAUCUUAGCGGCAGAAAUCCCAGAAUGUAUUACGAUUAUUUUAGCUAUACGAUAUAUGCGUUAUAGCUUUCAACUAUAAUAAUGAUAUUUAUCACUCUUGAGCCAUGGCGGUGCUGAUGGUAUAAUGCUCUGGGCCUCUGGCUUAUUGCAUUGACGACAUGAUAAUGGGAAAAUAUUGACUUUGGUUCCCAGACGUUGAACAUUU